GCGUGCGACGACUUGAGUAACUUCCGGCUUAACUUGAAACCUGCUUCAGCUGGAAUGUUCAGUUCUAAAAGUUGCACCAUUAAACUAUGAGGCGGAUAUUUUCUCUGGUUUAAGAUUGUUUCUGAAACCUUGCUAUUUGUUUUCGAGUUGUCGCCGCUAUGGAUUAUCAGAUCAGUUCGACUACAGAGUACCUGCAGCAUGCAGGAGAGAAACUCGCCCAUGAUGAGUUUGCGGAUGAGAUGUCAGAAUUCUCCGACUGUAAAAACUUUGACAUUGAUGAUAUUCUAGAUUUGGCCGGGGGUGCAAAAGACGCCAUCGAGAGACACCGAUCGGAAGACCAUAAUGUGGACAUAAAAAAUGCUAAGAUCAUCAAUUAUCGGCCUGAAAAAGAGGAAGAACAUGCGGAAGCUGGAACAUCAUCGUCUCAGUUGUGGGAUCUGCUGUACUGGCGCGAUGUACAGAAGACAGCGUGUGUGUUCGGAGCAACACUGUCACUGUUGAUCUCUCUGAGUCUUCUCAGCAUCAUCAGCGUGUGUUCGUACAUCGCUCUGACGCUUUUAUCUGUCACCAUCUGCUUCCGAAUCUACAGAGGAGUCACAGAUGCUCUACAAAAGAGCGAAAACGCACACCCGUUUAAAUUGUAUCUGGAGCAGAAUGUCCUUCUACCAGCUGAUGUAAUUCAUAAACAUGAUGACAUCCUGUUGAAGUAUAUCAAUGCCACUUUUAAUGAACUGAAGCAUCUUUUCCUGGUAGAGGAUCUGAUUGACUCUCUAAAGUUCGCUGUGCUUCUCUGGGUUCUGACCUACGUCGGGUCUGUGUUUAAUGGGCUCACCCUUCUCAUUAUCGGUGACGUUGCAGCGUUCACCUGUCCGAUACUCUAUGAAAAACACAAGAUGCAGAUUGAUCAUUACUACGGUCUGGUCAAGGACAACCUCCAAGACGUACUGAAAAAGAUUCAGGCAAAGAUUCAUGGCAUAAAGAAUAAAGAUGAAUAAAGAACAGCAGUAUUGGGAUGCGUGGAAUGUGUGUUUAUGUAAAGCUGUUACAGUAGUGUGUGGUAAUCAAUUACGUGUUAAGGAAAAAAAAAUCCACUUAAAACUAAACGGAUGGUGUAUUUUCAUUUUAUUACUUUUCUCAUUUUAUUACUUUUCAUUGCAGCAGUGUUUACUUCAUUGACGUUUUUUCUGUUUAAACGAAAAUGAGCUUAUAAAAAAGUAAAAACGAGAGUGUUAUUAUUCCGCAUCUUUAUUUUUUAAUGUGAAUAGCUUCAGUUCUAUGUAUAGCAUAUAUGUUGACUGUGAAGAUCGAUGUAAAUCAUUUCAUGUAGGUUUAUUUUAUGCUGUAUUACUGCUGUCUCUCUAAAUAAAAUACAUGCAAAUAAAUCA